AUGGGAGUUCACUCAAGCAAGGCGGUGGAACUGCAUAAAAAAAGAUCACCUAGAGGCAGAGGAAGAAGAGACAGAGGAAGGGGAACAGGAAGAGGUGGCAGAGGGGACGGAUAUGUGAACGUUGAGCAUGAUGAUGGAGGUCUAGAGUCUAAGCGGGUUUCUAGAAGAGGGGGACACGGUGGUCGUGGAAGAGGAGGUUUCAAUGGUCUCCACCUUAUUAUGAAGCCAACAAGACCGAGGAAACUAUGGCUACAGUGGUGGUCCUCCACAGGAUCAUGA